UCAACAAACAAAACAGUUCCAAGUCUGUUUCGUCUCCUGUCUUCUUAAUCUCUUUCUCAUUUCAUUAUCUCUCUCUCAGAAUGUACGUCAUGUUUUCUUGACACACAAGUUUCAGAUAUUAUUAAGCUUUGGGAAAAAAAAAUAGGAUGGCUGGAAGAAGAGUAAAAGGAAAAGACAGCAACGCGAUUACCGCCGUAGCCAUUGACAAAGAUAAAAACAGCCAACACGCCUUGAAGUGGGCCCUUGAUCAUAUCGUGGGCGAUUCACCAAACUGUAUCCUCCUCCAUGUUCAAACCAAAUUGAGAAUUGGUGAAGGAGAGAACACAGAAGCACCACAUGACAACCAAGAAGAGGCUCAUAAGUUCUUCCUUCCCUUUAGAGGAUUCUGUGCUAAAAAAGGGAUUAGAGCAACGGAGCUGCUUCUUCACGAUAUUGACAUCGCAAAUGCAAUUGUUGACUACAUCAACAAAAACUCCAUUUCAAACAUAGUCAUUGGAGCCUCUGCAAGAAACACCUUCCUCAAGAAGUUUAAGAGCGUAGAUGUGCCAACGACUCUACUUAAAACAACUCCAGAUACAUGUUCUGUCUAUAUCGUGUCUAAAGACAAGCUCUUAACAAGCAGACAAGCGAGUAGGCCUCAGACGCCUCAACACAAUCCCCAGCCUUCAAAACAACAAUCAUUACUCUCUAUCUUGUCUGAUCCUGGCCCUACAAGCUUCACUUCCACUGAUUCUGGAAGGUCAUCUUCUGCAUUACCACCUACAAGGCAUUACAAGCCUUGUCUUAAUAUGAGUUCUCCAGGAGAGUUGAGCAAUGAGUUGUCUUCCAACCGUAACAGUGUUGAAUCGAAUGCGAGUUUCUACAGCAUCCUAGGACGAUCCACCUAUGGAGGAAGCUCCCACUCUUCUACAUCCCUGUAUGAUAUAACCGAUGGAGACGAAGAAGGCCUAUCUGGGGGUAACAUCACUGAACAAGAGAAUCAAAAUCUUGAACUAGAGGUGAGAAGAUUGAGACUCGAACUGCAACAUUUUAAUGCAACCAUGGGGAGAGACACUGCCCCUCAUCAUCAAGCUGCCCCCGAAUCCGAAAAGCUGGAGGAAACAAAGAUAGCAAGAGAGAUGCUUAGGGAAUUAUCUGAGAUGGAUAAGCAGAAAACACAGAGUGCCAUCCACGCAAACGAAGCGGCACAUCGUCUUGCUGAAAUAGAGAAGCAGAAGAGAAGACUUGUGGAGAUGCAAGCCAAGUUCAACGAACAGAACAUGUCCAACACCGUAUCCUACAGACGGUACAGCAUCAAAGACGUCGAAGACGCGACCGACGGCUUUUCAGACGCUCUAAAGAUCGGGGAAGGAGGGUACGGACCUGUGUUUAAAGCCGUUCUUGAAAACACUUCCGUCGCCAUCAAGAUCUUGAAGUCAGACGUCUCGCAAGGCCUCAAGCAGUUCCAACAAGAGGUCGAGGUUCUGAGUUGCAUGAGACACCCUAACAUGGUGAUCCUCCUCGGUGCUUGUCCAGAGUACGGAUGCCUUGUGUAUGAGUAUAUGGAGAACGGGACGUUGGAAGACCGUCUCUUCUGCAAAGACGAUACUCCGCCGUUGUCUUGGAGAGCACGGUUCAGGAUCGCUGCUGAGAUUGCCACGGGACUUUUAUUCCUUCACCAGGCCAAACCUGAGCCGCUGGUGCAUCGAGAUUUGAAGCCGGCAAACAUUCUUCUAGACGGGCAUAUGAUUAGCAAAAUCAGUGACGUUGGUUUGGCUCGGUUGGUACCUCCUGCUGUUGCUGAUAGCUUCACCCAUUAUCACAUGACUGCUGCAGCCGGUACGUUCUGUUACAUUGACCCUGAGUACCAGCAAACGGGAAUGCUUGGAGUGAAGUCAGACUUGUACUCAUUCGGUGUGGUGCUUCUGCAAAUCCUAACAGCGAUGCCAGCAAUGGGAUUAAGCCAUAGAGUAGAGCAAGGGAUUGAGAAAAAUAGACUCAGAGAAGUUCUUGAUCCCAGAAUAUCAGACUGGCCUGAAGAAGAGACGCUGGUGCUAGCUCAACUGGCUUUGCAGUGCUGCGAGUUGCGGAAAAAGGACAGACCUGAUCUUGCUACCGUUCUGUUGCCUGCACUGAGCAAGCUAAGAGAGUUUGCAACGGAGGAUCAUGAAGUACAUAGCUCCGGUAGGACAUCUGUGUCACGUUCUCACAAUUCAGUUCCUCGUUCCCCAAUAUCUUCUUCCUCUCAGGUUGGUUUCUUGGAACAUCCAGUAAUAGAUUUCUAAUAUUUGAUUCAUGAGUGUUUAUUUCAAUCAUUUUAUUCUGCAAUGUAGACAGAGGAUGCAUACUGACACCAACAAUUGGAACUUCGACUUUAGAUCAAAGUGAAGCGACAUUGGCUAUGUCUGGUUGUGCUCCACCAAAAAAAUUCAUUGUUGAUCUCUCAUAGUGUCGAAGUUCCUAUUUAUUGUAUAUGAAACACUUUAUUCUUUGGUCUCAUGAAAAAAAAAACACUUUCAUUACAGAAGAGCUGUCUCGUUCUUGCAAAAUCAAGUCACCUUUGUGCAAGAACAUUUCCUCUUGUAGCACAUAAAAAUCUUAUUGAGCAACUGCUUACUAAAAAUUGAGCAGAAACUUCUUUAAAUUGGAAAUUAUUUGAGAAGAUAGUUGCAAAGAAGGUGUAAACAGUUGCGCACAAAGAAAUAAAAAUUGAUG